AUUCAAAGAUAUUUUAUUAAAAUAAUGUAAGUUCAAAUGUUCAAAAAUUUUUUGAACGUUAUAAUAAAUAUUUGAAAAACAUUCGAAAGAGUGCAACAAUUGAUAAACGUUUAUAACUUUUCAAUAAAGUAUUUUCAAACAUAAGUUUAUAUGAACUUUUUUCAUUUACUCGACUUCAUUAUCAUGUCACACGACUUGUGUAAUUGACGAGACAGCCGACCGAUGACGUUAGCGUACAGUGGCGCGGCUUACAACUAAGCGUAGCCGUGACCAUUAAGCAACAUGUGGUCAUUCUGGAGCUUUCUUUUUUUACGCGUUGCUCCCUAAAGGGAAGUAAAGCGGUUAUUAUCCUUUGUGAAGGCACGCGAAGCGGAUCAGUUCUGUGCAAGUUAUCGCGUUAUCGAACUUAAUCGUAGUCGAAUCAUCUAGUAGUGUAUUGAAUAAAGACUGAUUUAUUUAACACAUAAAAUACACUGUAGUAAUUUCGCGCCCGACCCAGUAUUUACAGUGCACGUGGCAGAAUAUUUUUUUUCUUUUUAUGGAGUAAAGUCCCACCAUCUUACAUAAAUCGGAGCACGUGGUCGGAGUAAGUUCCUGCCGUCGAGAAGUCAAUAGUUGAAUUCAGCACCGAAUAACAUAAAGAUAGAGUGAUUUCAAGCGAUCCCCAGACAAAAUGGAGACAGAAAAAAUGAUCGAUUUAGAAGAAUUAGCAAUAGAAUUAUAUAAUAUUCAGGCCGUGAAAUUCGGAGAAUUUGAGACAAAAAUCGGCCUGAUAACACCAAUAUAUUUUGAUCUGCGAAUAAUAAUUUCUCAUCCCAAAUUGAUGUUGAAGUUGGCAAAAGCUCUAUGGAAACUACAAGAUAAUUCUUCAAAAGUAUCCCGAAUAUGUGGCAUCCCAUACACCGCAUUGCCAUUAGCCACCUUGAUAUCAGCGCUGGAGGAGGUCCCUAUGUUAAUAAAGAGAAAAGAAGCAAAAUCAUAUGGCACAAAGAAAUUAAUCGAGGGUGCCUUCUUGCCUGGUGAGACCUGCGUAAUCAUCGAAGAUAUUAUUACAAGUGGUAGCAGUGUCCUGGAGACUGUCAAUGUAUUGAGAAAGGAAAAUCUGAAAGUGACAGAGGUUUAUGUGAUAAUCGAUAGGGAGCAGGGUGGCAGAAAGAAUCUCGAGAACCACGGGAUCAAAGUCAAGAGUCUAUUUGAGAUAACGCAAUUCAUGAAGUAUCUCCUUAAAGCUGGCAAGAUUACGCCUGACACAAUCGAGAAUAUUAACAAUUACUUGGCAAUGAAUAAGGCACCAAGCAUUUCCGUGCAAGGCGUGCCAGACGAUAGACUAAAGCUGCCAUAUGCUGAACGCGCCAAUUUAACAACGAAUCCGUUGGCUUCGAAGCUGCUAAAAUUAAUGGAAUCAAAGCAAACUAAUCUCUGUUUGUCAGCCGAUUUGAAAGAAAUGGACGCGAUUUUGGAAUUAGCGGACGUGGCGGGGCCUCAUAUCGCCGUCUUGAAGACGCAUGUAGAUAUUAUAGACAAUUUUAACGAAACGUUCAUUGUACGACUUAAAGAACUGGCGAGGCAGCACAAAUUUUUAUUGAUGGAGGAUCGUAAGUUUAGCGAUAUCGGCAGCACGGUAUCCUUGCAGUACAGGCAUGGCUUGUACAGGAUUGCCGAAUGGGCCGAUUUGAUCACAGUUCAUUCGGUACCGGGUGCGUCUAUCAUUGACGCGCUGAAGAAAGCUCUAGAGAACAUCACUGAGCCCCGCGGAAUUUUUCUGGUUGCCGAGAUGUCGAGCGAAAAUGCAUUAACCACCAGCGAUUAUCUGAAGAGAACGGUCUCGAUAGCAGAGGAAGCUUCCGAUUUGGUGAUAGGUCUAGUGUGCCAAUCCAAUCUCUUGGCGCAACCCGGACUGCUGCAAUUAACGCCUGGUGUCAGACUAUCUAAAAGUGGCGACGGUCUAGGUCAGCAAUACAACAAUCCGCAAUCGGUUAUCAAUGCAGGUGCUGAUUUAGCAGUUGUUGGUAGAGGUAUCACGGAAUCACCUCACGGUUAUCUGACGGCCACUUUAGAAUAUAAAAGAGAACUUUGGAAUGCGUACAAGGAACGAAUAAACACAUCCAAUACGUGAUACUAUAUAUAUAUUAAGAGAUAAUUUAAUUGAUAUUUACGAAUUAUUUUUAUACAAUCUUAUCUCCUGCUCCAGUUAGAUCUGUACAAUUGUUUUUCUUUUUUUAGUACACAUUACAUUUCAUUACUAAUAUUGCUAUAAUGCUUUAGAUAUCAGAUUUUUAUAAUUCUGUUUUCAAUUUUUUUUAAUACAAUAAAAAUGUAAAUAAUAGAUUAUACAAUUUUAUGUUUUUAAAUAUUUUUUAAAUAACAUAUUAAAUGUGAUGAUCAUAAGAGUUGUGCGUCUGCUUUCUGUACCAAAAUUCCAGAUUCCAAUUCCCAAUUAUCAAAUAAAAUUAAUAUUUUAUUCAUUAAAAGUAGUUUACAUAAAC